AUGGCGGAAGAAGACGAAAUUGAUAUUCUUGGAGAUUUUUCUUUUAAUUCCUGCUUUGCUCAAAAUAACCAAGGAAUCCCCUCAUGUUCUAGCAGAGAAGACACUGUACAUCCACAAUGGUUGUUAGAUUCUCCAGCUCCAAACUGGUAUGAUACCAAGACUAAUAAUAGGUCUAAAGAGGGACCAUCUCGAAAGCUCUCUGGAACAAAAGCUUGUAAAACAGAAAAUGAAUUAAAACAUACUGUAUGGAGUCAUGAAGAAAGAGAGAUUCUUAAAAAGGAAAUGGUUAAACAUGGAAGGAAUGUUAAAGCAAUUUCACAAUCAUUAACAUCAAAAACCUGUGCAGAAAUUGAGGCUUUAAUUCAAGCAGAGCAUGGUAUUCAUUUGGAUACAGUGCAGGAUCAUGAUAAUCCAAAUCUUUUACCUUAUGUUGGUCAAGAAGAGAUUGUCACAGAUGACAUAGUCUCUAUAUCAGAUGUUAUUACAAUGGUAACCACUGCCUCUCCAACAGUAACAUUACCUAAAGAAUUUAUUAGAAAGAAGACUAAUUUACAUACCAAAUUUGGUGACAAUUCCAACUUGGACAGUUUAAAACAGAAAGAAAAGAUGAAAACUGUUAAAAAAAUUGGCAAUCAUAGGAGAAAGGUAUCUAAGAACUAUGAUAAGACUACUGUUAGAAAUAAAAGCAAAGAGUUGAAAUCUCCAGCAAGGCAGAGAAAUGACUCUAGUUUGUCUGAGGAUAGUACAAAGAUGAGUCCCAAAUUGCAAAUUGUAUUGGGAUCUGGGCAAGCUUUACAUGUUUCUGAAGGGGAAGAAGUUAUUAAAAUUGAAAAGAAGAAAGACUCUGAACAAGAGAGUGAUAUAGAGAUUGACAUAGAUAGUGAUACAGAGCAAUUGCCUAGGAAUUUCACUAAUGCUACCACAAGAGUGCCAGAAUUGGCUAAGACUCCCAUAGAUGAGCCAAUAAGAAAACUUGAUUUCCCAAAGCGAAGAAGAAAAAUUAAUUUGAAUGGUGGUGGAGGUUACCGGAUUUUGCACACUGAAGCUGGAGAUGUGUAUGAAAUCAGUACCGAACCCCGUAAAGAGAGGCAACCUCGGAAACCUACUAUACAGCUCAACAUUUGCAAACAAUAUGGAAUCGAUAAACCAGCACCUUGUGAGAUCGAAUUAAAUGUAUCAGUAUUACUCAGUAUGGACAUUCACGCACAUACAUCACAAGCCGAGGUAAUGGGCCUUAUUGGUGGACGGCAAGUGGCGUCGGGAGUACUGAUGUGCGCAUACGCAGUUGCCAGAGCAGCUGCUAACAGUACUCACUGCGAUAUGGACCCUGUAUCGCAAGCGGCCGCCGGCGAGCACCUGACGUCACAAGGUCUAACUGUGUGCGGCUGGCACCACUCCCAUCCUCAUUUCCCUGCGCUACCUUCUCAUCGAGACCUAAAUACCCAGCGGUCUCUUCAGGCUGCGCUUGAGUGGCAGAUCCCAUUCUUCGCACUCCUUACCUCGCCUGCUUCUGCACCGCAUUUUAGGUGCUUUCGUGUUGAAGACAUGGAAGAAGACACAGACACGCCAAUAGGGUAUGAGCUAGAUGUCAAAGUUGUUCCAGAUCUCACAUUGGAGAGUCUGUCACAUUAUGUACAUGGUUUGAAAGACCUAUUGCUUGGUGUAGAAAGAACAGAGCACAGCGUUGAUAUGAAUAAUGGUGUCUGUCCUCAUACUGGCGUCAGUUACUUGGAUAAGUGUGUUUGGAGUGUUUCGCGUCAUAUGCGUUCAGCCGGCUACGGUACAGAAGAUCUCGUAGUUAAACAACUCAUACAAAAUGUGCGUGAUAUAUUUAGAUAA